AUCGUUACAAGCUGAAAGAAAAUGGCAGCUAACGGUGGAACAGCUUUAAGAAACUUGGACAAAUUUAGAAACAGAACUAAGAAAAUUAAUACAGUAACACCUCAACCGAACUACAAUAUAGCGAAUCUUCCAAAGAGUCAAAAUGAAAUGGUUCACUUCUUGGAAAAGUUGGCUCAAGAGAUGGCAGUGCAAAAGGACACAGAGUCAAGAGUACAAGCUCUACGAAAGCUGUGUGACCUGGUUUACCUGCUUGUGCAGUUGCAUCAGCAAAAUCAUUCGUGGAGACAACGGUCGCCAACCAACAAUGAACAGAAUUCGGAAGAAACUCUCGAAGAAGAUGCAAAGGAUAAUCUUGACGGAGAACAGUUAUGGAGUGCCUUCUUAAAUAACGCAAAGAUAUUGAGAAGUGCAAUAAACUUUGCUGUUACUGACGACAAAGUGGCUAUUGUGGCAAGAGAAGCCUGCGAAACAAUGGUCACUCUAGCAACGCUUAUAAAGGAUGAACUUGCGGAGCCUUUGGCAGAACACUUGGUUGGAUCUCUAUGGAAAGCUUCCAAUAGUAACGUCUCCGGCGUUUCAGAAGUUGCUGUCAAGGCUUUGAGGACUUUUAUUCAAUAUGUUCAACAUAGAAGAUUGGUGAAAGCAGUGCUGAGUCUCUUUACAAAUCAACCCAUGACUUUACCAAUGUCUCGCAACUUAGCAGCAGAGUUUGUCGGAAACAUUCUCAUCUAUCAAAAAGUUACCGAUGUUCAACCACAUUUGGAAGAGAUUGAGAAGAUUAUUGCGAUAGGUUUGAAGGACAGUUCCUCUACGAUAAAGACAACUUACCGAAAGAACUUUUGGUUGUUGGCAAAAAUAAUGCCCGAACAAGUGCAAGAGUGGGUUCACAAAGUGGAUACGGUAGACUGGAGAUCAGUGCAAGAGGCACGACCUGCAGAAGCUCCUUCGCUUGCAUUUGGUUGCAGCACUUUACAGAAGCAGGGGAAAGCAAAUGAUCAAUCACAGGGAGCAGUUAAUACUGCUGGAGCUAGGAAAACAGCCACAAGGAAAACCACUCCUGUCAAGAAUGUAGAUGAGCGAGAAGGAAGUAGUGGGAGAAAAGGAAAAAUUGAACGUAGUCAACCUACAAACACAACAGCUUCAAAGGCUUCAGUGCGACACACAUCUAACUCUGGUACAGGUGCAAAAGAGAGAAUGUCGGAGCCUGGUAAGACCAAGACUAACAGUAGAAUAGUGGACAAAACUAAUACAAGAGCAUCACGAACCACAGUUCAUACAGUUUCUUCAUCUGCAAAAAGAAUUUCAAACGACAGACGAAAGGAGUCGGAUAACAUUCCACAGAAACUUUCACUUCGACGCAAACAGGAAAAAGAGCAGCAGCAGAAAGAAGAGAAUGCUGAAACCAUAGAAGAGCCUAAGAUAGACGAGAAUGAAGAAGUUUCGGAUGUGAAAGAGGACAUUAUAGAAAUUCCAAAGGAACGAGAGGUUACUGAGCCUCCAAUAUUGUUGCUCUCAGAGCAACAAAUAUCGGAACACGCUUUAACUGAAGUCUUAGACAAGUUACAUACUUUGAUCGACGUAAAUACCAAGGUCCAAAUUAUCCAAGCAAUCGAGAGUUUUCUAGAUACUGCGACAAAGGAUAUGGAGAAAGAAAAGGUUAACAUUGUCACGAACAAUCAAAAUGAUUCUUGUUGGAUCAAGAAAGAUGAGGAUGAUGAAGGAACAGUCGAUAUCCUGCAUUUCGUUCCGCUAGUCGUUAAUAUUAUUGCCAAGUAUCUUCAAGACGAAAACGAAAAGUUGUUGGUUCCCGCGAUGAAGGCGCUGACAAAACUUUUCCAAAUAUUUUCAUUUCAAGAACUUCGACAGCAUAAUCGUAAACUUGAAAAGGGCUAUUGUUCCUUGGAACAAACUCUUCGUGAAAAUUCUGUUUUAUUACAAAAGAUAUUUGAGAAAUCUGGGGAUUCCAAUGGUUUCAUAGCAAGCACUGCGACAACAGUGUUGGAAGAAAUGGAACUUGCUAUUCCAUUCUUUCCAUUGUUGUUGGAGUUGAUAAGCCAAUCUUGCUUACGACAGUGUUACAAUCGCGACCUAUCGGUGAAAGUUAUUUUACAAGCUUUAAUAUAUAUAAAAGCAGCUAUACAGAAAAAUCGGAAGCAGCUGAAUAGUUAUUUUCGAGAGAAUGCUGCUGAAAACUCUGAUGUUGCAUCGAUAAUAGAAUUGUUAGUGAAAGAUGUUGGUCCCCAUGCUGGAGGUAAAUCAGCCGAGUUGCGCAGAGCAGCUUGUGAUGUUUUCAUGGAAUUGGAAGAAGUGCCAACUGUCUUACUGGAACAAGUGGCCAUUGAAAGAGAUGAAGGCAAGCAUCUUCAUUUGUUACAGAGGCUAGGUUUGAUUGCGAGUUCAGUAAAUACAGCGCAAGAGAAGUUAGAUUUGGAGACUCCAAAUUUUGCAAAUAAUCAUUAUGAUAAACAAAAGGAUGAACCGCAAAACCAAAAUCUUUAUGGCAGUUUUCCGCCACGUAAAGAAAGUUGUGAAAUGAAUUCAGACACUUCUGACUGGCCAAAGACAAAAAAUGAAGAAGUUAUGAAAACCGAAAAUGAUCAAGGUACAACAAACCUUACAGCGAAAACGUCCAAAAGUAUGAAGCCAGCAAUUCCAUUGGAAGAUACUUUUCACUCCCAGUUUGAAGCUCUAAAAGAAAAAUGGAUGCGAAACAAAGAGCACAAUGAUAAUGAAGGGAAGGAGGAGUCGGAGGCAAUAGAAAGCAACAGAGCAUUGGAACAACACAACGAGGUUAUCUCUGCCUCGAAUGACUUGGAAAGUCUGCAAACUACCCAAGUUUCUGAUAUUGAUACCAAUGGAGAGGCAUUGAAUACCCACUUGACUACCAGUUCAUCGAAUCUGACGGAAGAAGAACAAGUACACGUUAAUGAAAAUGAAACACAAAAUGGCGAAACUGACAAGGUGAACUCGACUAGUUGCAUGGAUCAGGCAACUGAAAUUGACAUGAUUUCACAGGCUGUUGACCCUGUCAACCUUCCCAAUCUCCUUAGUAGUCAACUCUUUAUUAAGAACAUUGCUCAUAGAUUAAGUACGAUAAACAGAGAGGAUGAAAAGGAGUGCUCAAUGACUUUGACGGAAAUAAGAGAACAACUCCAAAUUGAAGAAAAUAUUUUAGGAGUAUCUGAAAUAUAUGAUCUCCUGAUCAUGUUUUUAUUAUUUUCGAGAGAAAAGAUUUCGUCUAAUGAGACCAAUUAUCUGUUGGAUAUGGAGUUCCUUUGGCAAAUGAACUUUCGCGACUUGUGGAAAAGAAGUGCUCCAGCGGAUUGUUUGGAAGCUUUGGACUUGUUUUGUUGGCAAGUGGAUGAUCCUUCUAGCAAUCUGAGCAGAUUUGAUUCCUUCUUGCAAGGUCCGAGCAAAGCGUUUGAAAUGAAAAUGUUGUUUCAAGGAAUUGAACAUGCUCUAAAAGUUCUUGAACAACCAUGGGAGUCGAUAACUGCAUCUCAACAAGAACAAAUUGAGCGUCUCAAACCUGCUAUCUUGAAUGCUCUUCAACGCGAAACUUGCCUUGAGAUAAAACAGGCUGCACACAAAUGUGUACAGGAAACUAAGGACAGACUGAGAGAUAAACAGGAAAGUCUACCUUUUCUUGAAUGGUGCAGAAAGCUUAAUUUGACUGUUGCCUAGUAAGUUUUGCCAGUCACUUUUUUUUCUGGAGAAGGACAGAAUUGCCUUAGAUAGUAUACUCCAUCUUUUAGGAGUCCGUAUAUUCUUUUUCAACUGACACUUAAUUUGGUU